UUCACAGAAGGUGAAGGGGAAGUUACUUGUUCAGAUCCAAAGCGUUGAGCUGAAAGCAGUCAACAUGUUGAGGUUUUCUCUAAUAGUCUGUGUUUAUCUGAUAUUUGGCAUCACUGCAAAGCCAUAUACACCCUGGAAUAAACUCAAAGAUGAAGCAUUCCAGGAUACGGUUUUGUCCUUAGAUAAGAAUGGAAAGAUGUCCUGGGGAGUGGAAGUGGAGCCUCCUGAGGACAUGGAUGAGACUCACUAUGACAUCAACCCUCGCAUGAUGAUUUGGAAGAGUAUGUCAGCCAGUGGAGAGGACAAGAAGCCCCUGAAGGCCGAAGAAGACUUCGAUGAACUGUACCAUCCUUCAAUGGUUGAUCUGCUCAAUGUCCAGAUCCAAAAUGCCCUCCAUGCUGCUGACAUCCGGGCAGAACCUUGGCAGGAAGUUGCCUACAUGAAGAACCAUCAGGAACCAGAGGAGGAUAAAGAUGACAUCGACCAGACAAGUAUCAGUGAGGUGGCCUCAGACGAGCCUGAGCAGGACUGGGAUGAAGUCUACCACAAAGCGAGGGAGGAGCUGGAUGUAUAUCUGGCUCCACUAGUGGCUGGAUAUGAAGCUGGGGACGAGCUGUAUCACCGUGAUAACCAGGCUUCACCUGUGCAGAUGGAGCUGCUGAGCCGUGAGGUCAUGGGUGGAAGUGAGGUGAGAGUUCACCUUCAACCAGAGGAGGACAUGGACGACCUGUACCACAAAGACCUCCCGAAGCUCACCUCCCUACAAGAUGAUUAUGAAGGUGUCGAUCCCGUUUAUUUACCAUCUCAGAGGAAGCACAGCGAACCAGAGGACGAUCUGGACGAUCUCUACCACCAGUGAUCCUUCAACAACUCAUCCUGUGUAGAUCCCUAUCAUUUCAGAUCAGACACAUAGCUGAUACGCUGGUAAAUAAAUAAAGAAGUGUCGUUUGAUUUCAUCAAACUGUCUUCAACAAGAAUAAAUGCAUCUAAAUCUGUUAAUAAAGAUGCUUGAACACAUGCA